GCCCCGCCGUUACUGUUUUGCGUCCGACCAGUCGAACACAGUUCGGUAAACGUAACGGUCGCACGCACAAAUGUAAUAACGUUUUAUUUUCCAUUGCCCCGGCAACGAUUAAAACUAAAAAAAAAACAUGGUGUACUUCACGGAAAAACUCAUCCACGAAAUACGCAAACGGUCGUGUAUAUGGGACACGGCCGACGUCAAUCAUCUGAACAAAGAAGUGCUGACCAACAUGUGGAUGGAGAUCGCCGAAACUUUGUACUCGGAUUGGCACGCGCUCAGUUCGUUCGAUCAACGUGACAGAGUGGCCGACGUCAAAAAGAAAUGGACGAACAUCAAAGAUUCGUUCGUGAAGGACGUGAAAGGGAAGAAACCGAGAAAGUCCAAGGGGCCGCCGGAGCACAGGAAAAAAUACUAUCUUUUCGAUCACCUACAGUUUUUGAUACCGUUCAUCCAGGAAUCGAAAAGCAGCGUUAAAACCGAAGGGGAACCGUCGAGAAAGAAAGUCCGGAAAAACUUGGGCGAAGGGACGUCGGCACAACAAGAGUCUACUAAACCAGAAACGAUGACGCCGCCGCUACCAUUGGACGUUCAACAGCACGCCGAAACGUUGAACGCGUUCGCCGGCCAAUCGGCCACAGACGCGUUGUGCCGGCUCGACGGCGACCUGUCAUUCAUGGUGUCGUUGUUGCCCACCGUCAAAUCGAUGAGCGAAAAGCAAAAAAUCGAGUUCAAAAUCGGCGUACUCCAAUUGGUGGCCCGUAUCAAGUUCAACGAUGCCCUCCAGGAAACGUACCCUCCGGCGCCGUUCAUGCCAGAUCUCCGGUGCUUCUCCGCGGUACCGUACCAACCGUUCCCCUUCAUCAACCAGACGGUGUCGUCCACGCAACACCAACGUCAGCAACGGCCGUCCACCGGCGGUGACGGGGCGUCCACAACGAUGAAGAACGAGGCGUGCAGCACCGCGUCCAGCCCGUCAUCUUACAACGACGAUUCCACCGAAGAAUCCGACAGUUAACGACCGCUCGACCCCACUCGUGUAAAUAAUCACAUUGUUCAUAUUAUUAAUAUUAUUAUUUUGUAAAUUAUAUCGUUUAUACCUACAAUACUUUUAUAAAAUUUGUAUUUUUUUUAAAUUUAUUAAAAACGCUUAAU